ACUUUGGAGGUGCCCAGUGCCCACCUGGAGACCUCAGAGGUGCCCAAUGCCCACCUGGAGGUGAUGGAGGUGCCCAGUGCCCACCUGGAGCCCACGGAGGAGGUGACAAAUGUCCACCUGGAGACUUUGGAGGUGCCCAGUGCCCACCUGGAAACCUUGGAGGUGCUGGGGGGAGCAUCUGCCUACCUGUGCCUGCAGGGCCCAUGGAAGCAGCGGCCGAGGAGGAAGAGGAGGAGGAGGAGGAGGAGGGGGAGGCCCAGGAGAGGCUCCUGCAGCACCUGAUGGUUCAAACAGGGCGGGACCUCCCCCAGUGCCAACUGGAGCGGGACUGGGACGUACUGGGAGAACUGGGCAGUGGCUCCUAUGGGCACGUGGUGCUGGCACAGCCCCGGGAUGGGGGUGCGCCGGUGGUGCUGAAGCUGCUGCGGAAGGACCGGACGGGCAGGUGGGGCUUCCUGCGGGAGUUCUGCACCCACCUGUGCCUGCGGGGGCAGCUCACCUGCCUGCAGGUGCUGCCCCUGGCCUUCGAGACCCCCACCCACUUCGGCUUCGCGCAGGAACACGCACCUGCCGGGGACCUGUGUGGGCUGCUCACACCUGGGGUGGGCCUUCCUGAGCCGCAGGUGAAGCGCGUGGCCACCCAGGUGGGCGCGGCCCUGGAUUACCUGCACGGCCACGCCCUGGUGCACCGAGACGUGAAGCUGGACAACGUGCUGGCCUUCGACCCCCAGUGCCAACUGGUCAAACUGGGCGACUUCGGCCUCACCCGUGUCAUGGGCUGGCAGGUGGGGCCCACCUGUGGCUCGGGCCACGCCCCCUACGCCGCACCUGAGCUGUGCCACCUGCGCGAGGCGGAGACGCUGCACCUGGAGCCCAGCCUGGACGCCUGGGCCUUCGGCGUCCUCCUCUUCGCCCUCCUCACCGGCACCUUCCCCUGGGGGGUGGCUGCGCCCCCGGAUCCCCAGUUCGGGGAGUUCCAGGUGUGGCAGGGCCGCACCUGGCAGCCAGGUGGGCUCACCGGCGGGGGGGAGGUGCCGCGCGCCUGGCAGGGGUUGGGGGAGGCGGCGCUGGAGAUGCUCCGGAGGCUCCUCCGGCUGGAGCCCGACAGGCGAAGCCACGCCGGGGAGGUGAACAGGUACCUGGACAGGUGCUGGGGAGGGCAGGCGGGGAGGCCUGAGGGGGGUGGGAGCGGGGCAGGCACACCUGGGGAUGGGUCAGACACACCUGAGGAUGGAUUCAACACACCUGCGGAUGGGUCGGACACACCUGCAUGUGGGAGAGAAGCACCUGGAGAUGGGCUGGACACACCUGAGGAUGAGUUAGAAGUACCUGGGAGUGGGUCAGAGACAGCUGGAGAUGGGAUAGACGCACCUGGAUAUGGGUCAGACACAGCUGGGGAUGGAUCAGACAUACCUGGAUAUGGGUCAGACAGACCUGGAUAUGGGUCAGACGCUCCUGGAAAUGGGAUAGACACAGCUGGGGAUGGGACUGAAACACCUGAGAAUGAGUUGGACACACCUGGAUAUGGGUCUGGAGAUGGGUCUGACUCACCUGGCAAUGAACUGGAAGCACCUGGGGAUGGGAUAGAAACACCUGGAGAUUGGUCAGACACACCUGCAUAUGGGUCAGAAACAUCUGGAAAUGGGUCUGGAACACCUGGAAGUGGGUUGGAAGAACCUGGGAGUGAGUUGGACACACCCGGGAAUGGGACAGAAAUACCCGAACAUGGGCUGGAAACACCUGGAAUGGGCUGGAAACACCUGGAAAUGGGAUAAAAGUACCUGGAAGUGGGAAUGAAACACUUGGGAAUGGGUUGGAAAUACCUGGGAAUGGGAUGAAACCUCUUGGAAGUGGGAUAAAAACAUCUGGAAAUGGGUCCAAACCACUUGGAAAUGGGCUGGGAAUAUCUGGGAAUGGGAUGGAACUCCUGGAAGUGGGAUAGAAAUGUCUGGAAAUGGGAUGGGAACACUUGGGAAUGGAAUGGAAGCACCUGGAAAUGAGCUGGGAAUACCUGGGGACCCCCCCAAAAGGGGAGUUGAAUAAAAUUCCCUGGUUUUUGCCUUUUUUUAA